CCUGUCCCCCAGCUCCCACCAGAGACGAAGGUCAGCCGCCGGGGAAACGAGAGGGGCGGGGCUGCUGUCAAGUCCUCGCCUCUGAUUGGCUCUCUGGGAACCUACGGCAGCUACGCGGGAAAGACUACUUAGCUUUCCGCAUGCGCAAUAGGUGGUAUAACCUCCAUUUUACAGAUUUGGAAACAUGGCCAGAGCUGCACGGUCCUGAGAGCCCCUCGCCAUGAGUACCUCGGGUCUGUUCCGUUUUCCCGCCCCACUGACCAGAGUGUGCCCGGUGCCCUGGGGACUCCGGCUCUGCGAGAAGCUGCCGCUCCUGUCCCCAGGAACGGUGGCCACUCCAGUGCAGGCGGCCGGCAAGAAGGACCGCCCCACGCUGCUCUCCCUGGACGAGCAUGAGCUUGAAGAGCAGUUCGUGAAAGGCCACGGUCCAGGGGGCCAGGCAACCAACAAAACAAGCAACUGCGUGGUGCUGAGACACGUGCCCUCGGGCAUCGUCGUCAAGUGCCACCAGACCAGAUCUGUUGACCAAAACAGAAAGCUAGCUCGGAGAAUCCUGCAAGAGAAAGUGGAUGUCUUCUACAAUGGCGAAAACAGUCUCGUUUGCAGAGAAAAACGCGAGGCAGAGAAGAGAAAGCAAGAAAGAAAAAAAAGAGCAAAGGAAACCCUCGAGAAAAAGAAACUCUUGAAAGAACAAUGGGAAUCCAGUAAAAGUGUGCCUGGAGAGGACUGCAGGUUCUGACUGAAAGAACCUGCCGACUGGCCUCCAGGGUGGCGGCUUUCAGAGGAGAGCGUGUGUGCCGGGCCCCAGAGACAGCCAAGUCUCUAAGCGGCAGACAGACUGUCACAAAUAGAGAUGCAGACUCUGAGAAUAAAACUAUAAAGAAACA